AUGAAAAUCGGGCUUGACAUCCAUCCAAAGUUGAACCAAGUAUGCAGACCGUUUGUAAAGUCAUUUUAGGAGUCAUUGCCACUGUUGUCAUUAUCAUUGCGAUAGCAGUUCCCGUUGCCGUCCUGCUGUCAAACGGUAAACAGGAAAAAGAUCAGCGUCCAAAGUUUACCUUAGAUGACUACUUAAAAGGAAAUUACAGAUAUAAAUCGUACAACCUACAGUGGAUAUCAGACAAUGAAUACCUACAUAGAACCAACUACGGCAAUGUUAUUCGCUACAAUGUUGAAACACAACAAACAAGUGAUUUUCUGCUCAACACCACAUUUGAGGAGGUCAAAGCUACUUCUUACAUGAUCUCACCUGACGAAAAAUAUGUACUUCUGGAAAGUAAUUAUUCAAAGCAAUGGAGACAUUCUUUCACAGCUUCGUAUUCCAUUUAUAACUUGAAAACUAGUGAGUUUGUGAAGAAUGCAAACCUCGCCCAAAAAAUACAGAAUAUAAUGUGGGCUCCUGUGGGCCACAAGUUGGCCUAUGUUUGGAACAACAAUAUUUAUCUUAAAACUGAGCCUGAAAGUGCUGCUAUAAACUUAACAACCAAUGGAGAGAAAAAUAAAAUUUACAAUGGGGUCCCUGACUGGGUUUAUGAGGAGGAAAUGUUUUCCUCAAAUAAUGCUUUCUGGUGGUCACCAAGUGGAAGGUUUCUUGCCUAUGGACAAUUCAAUGAUAUACAGACUGAACUUAUAGAGUAUUCAUUUUAUGGCAAUGGACAGUACCCAGAAACAGUGAUGAUUCCAUAUCCCAAGGCUGGUUCUAAUGCUCCUACUGUGAGGUUAUUUGUUGUAGAUACCGAGAACACAAUGUCUGCAGAGCUUUCAGCCCCAGAAGGAAUUAAACCAAGUUAUUAUCUAAGUGUAAUAACCUGGAUAACUGAUCAGCGAAUCAGUGUGCAGUGGAUUACUCGAAGGCAAAAUCAUUCCAUUUUAACAAUCUGUGAUCUCAACGAGAAAAACAGUUGGAUAUGUUUGAAGGAUCAACAGUUUUCUGAAAAAAGUACAACAGGAUGGAUCGGUGCAUUUCGUCCUUCAGAUCCAAUAUUUGCACAGGAUAAUAUUACUUACUACAAAAUAAUUAGUGACCAUGAUGGAUAUAAGCAUAUUCAUAGGGUGGCGGGGAAUCCGGUAUCAAUUACCAAAGGAAAAUGGGAAGUGACCAGAAUAAUAACUCUGAUGGACAAUACGCUAUACUACCUUAGCAAUGAAUAUGAGCAGUAUCCAGGAAGAAGAAACAUGUAUAAGAUUGAAAUUGGAACAGAUAAUCAGAAGCCACAGUGUAUUACCUGUGAGCUGAUGAAGGAUCGCUGUCAGUACUAUGCUGUGUACUUCAGCAGGAGUGGAAAAUAUUACAUGCUGUAUUGUUAUGGUCCUGGAAUACCUACCUUUAGGAUUUACAGUACUGCCAAUAAUGCAGUGGUUAAAAUUCUUGAAGAUAACAAAGACUUGGAAGAAAGACUCCAGGAUAUUCAGAUGCCCACAAAAAUUCUCAAGUCUUUACAAUUAGAUGGCACAAAUUAUUGGUAUCAGAUGAUACUUCCACCGCAUUUUGAUAAAUCAAAGAAAUAUCCACUGCUGAUCUAUGUAUAUGGCGGGCCAUGCAGUCAGGUAGUCGAAGAUACAUUCACCAUUGGAUGGGAAACUUAUCUUGCCAGCACAGAAGGUAUUAUAAUUGCCAGCUUUGAUGGAAGGGGAAGCGGUUAUCAAGGAGACAAAAUAAUGCAUGCAAUAUAUCGAAGAUUGGGCACUUACGAAGUGGAAGAUCAAAUCAGAGCGACGAGAAAAUUCAUAGAAAUGGGAUUCAUUGAUGAGACAAGAAUAGCAAUCUGGGGAUGGUCUUAUGGAGGGUAUGUCACAUCAAUGGUACUCGGAGCAGGCAGCAAAGUCUUCAAAUGUGGAAUUGCAGUUGCCCCAGUAUCCAACUGGACAUAUUAUGAUAGUAUGUACACUGAACGUUACAUGGGCUACCCAACGGAAGAUGACAAUCUUAAAUUCUACAAGAAUUCUACUGUGAUGGAAAGAGCUGAAAACUUCAAAUUGGUUGAUUAUCUCCUCAUCCAUGGAACAGCAGAUGAUAAUGUCCAUUUCCAGCAGGCAGCACAGAUUUCAAAAGCUCUUGUUAACAAAGGAGUGGAUUUUCAAGCAAUGUGGUAUACCGACAAGGACCAUGCAUUAAGCAAUCCUGCAUCCAAUCAUCUCUACACCCAUAUGUCCCAUUUCCUACAACAAUGUUUCUCUCUCAACCACUGAUAUCAGAAA